UGUUGGCCAAUCGCUCUGGCAGGCAAUAAAGUGGCUGUCAGCCCGCAGGGCUCCCAGCCCGGAGGUGUCAUCCCCAACAGGCACAGGCCGGAGCGUGGACACCCAGCAUGUGGGCACAGCCUAUGAGGAGGACGCUGCUCAGUCUGAUCCUCAGGCUCCUGUUCCUGAACCCAGUGUUCAUGGGCGCCUGUCCGGGCGACGGCCGAAAGCUCCUGGAGCAGCUGUGGAACCAGGCGAACCUCCUGCAGGACACCAGCUUGCUCCUGGACCCCUAUGUCCACAUCCAAGGCCUUGACAUGUCUGGACUGAAACAGGGCUGCCAGGAGCGCCCCGGGGUCUUCCCCAGCAAGCAGGCCCUGGAGGGGCUGAGCAGGACGGACUUCCUGCGGACCGUCAGCACCCAGCUGGGCCAGGUGCUGCGCAGGCUGCAGGCACUCCAGCAGGACAUGCCCAACGUCCAGGCCUGGGGGAUGGCCAUCAGGUACAUCCACGGGAUCAGGAACAACAUCCACUGCAUGGAGGAGCUGCUCCCGGCUCCCUGA